AUGUCUAUAAAGCAAUCGUUACAAUCAGGCAAACCUCUUCUUCUUGAUGGUGCAACUGGCACUGAACUAGAAAAGAGAGGAGUGGAUGUUACUGGAAAACUAUGGUCGGGAAUAGCUGUUCUACAUAAUGGUGAACAGCUCGAGAAGGUGUACAUGGAUUAUCUAGAAAGUGGUUCUGAACUCAUUGAGACUGCCACUUAUCAACUCAGUAAGAAAGCUUUGAUUGAGCUGAAUUUAGAUCCUCAUCAGACCUUUCAAAAGGCCAUCGAUAUAGCUCAUAAUGCACAGCAGAAAUUCUUGCACCAGGCUGGCAAGAAGGCCUUUAUCGUUGGAAGCAUCGGUCCCUAUGGUGCCUAUUUGGCCGAUGGUUCAGAGUAUAGUGGCCAUUAUGGUGAGAUAAACAAAGAAAAACUGACUGCAUUCCAUAGUGAUCGACUUAACUACCUUUAUUCUUCCCCCCUUAUCGACUUGAUAGGCUUCGAGACCAUUCCGAAUUUCGACGAGGUUAAAGUGAUUCUUGAAUCCAUGAAGAGUCUCGGGAAAACGCAUCCAAAGGACAAACAGAAACCAUUCUAUAUUUCUUUGAGCUGCAGCGAUGAAUUGUCUCUCGCUGAUGGUAGCAGCUUACAUAGGUUACUUGACUAUAUCAACACUAAUCUUGACAGUAACUUGGUCGCUGUCGGUGCCAACUGCUGCAAGUUGAGGACUAGUGCUGUUCUCAUUGAAAAGCUUGAUUUGGAAUUUGGCAACUUCUCCAAAUUGGAUGCUCAAUGCAAAAUUAUCAUCUACCCAAACUCAGGUGAGAUCUACAAUGGUAAAACUAAUACCUGGUCUAUCGAUAAGAAGUUGGAAACAGAAGAUUUGAGCAAGGCUUUUGAAAAAGUAGCCUCCAAGUUUCUCCAAAAGAAACGUCUCGGUAUCGUCGGUGGAUGCUGUCGUACUGGUCCUGCAGAGAUCAAGCUAUUGCGUAAAAUGAUCGACAAAGCUUGA